CCAAACAAAUACUUGACGUCACGUGAACCCGGAUGCCGCGACCCCGGUAGUAAACUGCUCCUGCACCAGCUGACUGCUGGAGGUCGAACUAUUGUCGGAGAACAAGUGUUCGUGAUGGGUGACACUACCCCACCGGAGGACGCCGGGAGGAGACGCAGGGUGCACGGAAUGCUGAAGCUGUAUUACGGGCUGAACGAAGAAGGAAAGGCCGCCGAACAGGAGCAGCAGUGGCUGGAUCCCUGCGACAUCAACGGCCCGCAUUUUGAACCGGAAGAGUACCUCAACAAGCUGAGACGAGAGUGUAGUCUGGCAGAGCUUAUGGACCAGGAAGCCUGUAUGGUCAAGCAGAUCCGUUCACUGGACAGUGACAUGCAGACACUGGUUUAUGAAAAUUACAACAAGUUCAUUUCUGCCACAGACACUAUAAGAAAGAUGAAAAAUGAUUUCAAAAAGAUGGAAGAUGAAAUGGACUGUCUGUCAGCUAACAUGGCUGCCAUCACCGACUUCAGUGCUGGCAUUAGUGGCACCCUUCAGGACCAGCACGCUCAGAUCACAAAACUCUCUGGGGUCCACACUUUGUUAAGAAAACUACAGUUUCUGUUUGAACUGCCAGCCAGGCUCAACAAGUGUCUGGAGCUGCAGGCCUACUCCCAGGCUGUGAGCUCCCACCGACGUGCCCGCUGUGUCCUGCAGCAGUACAGUCACCUCCCGUCCUUCAAGGGAAUCCAAGACGACUGCCACGCCAUCAUGGACAAACUGGCGCAGGAGCUGCGGCAGAAGUUCAGGGAUGGUGGGACCAGCGCCAAAGAUUUAUCCGAGUGCGUGGAGCUUCUGCUGCAGCUGGAUGAACCGGCUGAGGAGCUUUGUGAAAAAUUCCUCAGCCAUGCACGAUCUCGGUUGGAGUCGGACCUUCAGAGCCUGGAAGAGGAGAUUAGAGCCUCUGCACCGUCAAGUGUGAAAGAUGUUUCCGCCCCAAAAUCCACUUCAGCUGCUAGUUCGCCGACAGAAGACGCUCCCAAAGCGAUGACGCUAGCUUCCCCCGCUGUCAACACUGACAUCCUGGAGUUUAUCGACCGAGGCUGCAACGAGUUUGUCAGCAGUUUAUGUUUAGUCAUAACGUCUUACCAAGAAUUGUUCAUCAACCAUGCUCAGGCGGGUGAGCUUGCCUCCAAAAAGAUCCCAGAAAUGGCCAAUCGAAAGCUGCAUGAGUUUGUCGAGGAUCUGGCGGCCAGGUAUUUCUCACUGGUGGAGCGACGGAUUCAGGAAGAGAAAGGUGUUGGAGAUAACUCGCUUCUGGUGCGAGCACUGGACCGCUUUUACCGCAGGCUACAGGCGGUGACCAAACUUCUUCCAGGCUCCUCUGUUCCUCAGCAGGGCACUGAGAUAGUGAUCAGAGCAGCGACUGAGCGUGUGAAGCAGUAUCUGGCUGCUCUUCAGAGCUUCUACAUGGACAGUUUGACAGACGUGAGGCAGGCCCUGGCCACCCCACGGAUCUCUGGGGCCAGUGUGUCCGGGGCUGGAGCACAUCUGGCUGGAUCAGCGUCUGCCAGAGAGGGUCCAACCAGCCUUCCAGAUCUGCUCUCCUCACUCUCCUCUUCCAUCCUCAACCAGAUCAAGUCAGUGCUGACUUCGGUGCAUCUCUUCACAGCUAAAGACAUCACGUUCUCCAACAAGCCCUAUUUCAAGGGUGAGUUCUGCAGCCAGGGUGUUCGCGAGAGCCUUGUGGUGAACUUCAUCAAAUUUAUUUGUCAGUGCUCGCGCCAGUUUUGUGAAAGCGUGGGCGACAAAGGAGGCUCCACCCCUCCUGCACUUCUGCUGCUUCUUUCACGUCUCUGUCUGGACUACGAAACCUCCACCAUUUCGUACAUCCUCACACUCACAGAUGAGCAGUUCCUUGUUCAGCACCACAGUCCAGUGACGCCUGUGACUGCUCUGUGUGCCGAGGCCAGAGAGGCCGCGCAGAAGCUUCUCAAUAAUUAUGUCAAGGUCCAGGGCCUCAUCAUCUCCCAAAUGCUGAGGAAGAGUGUGGAAACACGAGACUGGGUCAACACCAUCGAACCCCGCAACGUGCGUGCUGUGAUGAAGAGAGUGGUGGAGGACACGACGUCCAUAGAUGUGCAGGUGGGUCUGCUGUAUGAAGAGGGAGUGAGGAAAGCACACAGCAGUGACUCCAGCAAGAGGACGUUCUCAGUCUACAGCAGCUCACGGCAGCCAACUCGAUACGCUGCCAGCUACACCCCAAGCGCUCCAAUGGACACCAAUCUGCUUAGCAACAUCCACAAACUGUUCUCUGAAAGGAUCGACAUCUUCAGCUCAGUGGAGUUUAACAAAGUCUCUGUGAUGACCGGGAUCAUCAAAAUUAGCCUGAAGACCUUCCUGGAGUGCGUUCGCUUGCGUACCUUCGGCCGCUACGGUCUGCAGCAGAUUCAGGUGGACUGCCACUACCUGCAGAUGUACUUGUGGCGGUUUGUCUCGGAUGAAAACCUGGUGCACUUCCUGCUGGACGAGAUAGUGGGAAGUUCCGCCCACCGCUGUUUGGAUCCAGCCCCGAUGGAACAGAGUGUUAUAGAGGUCAUCUGUGAGCGAGGUUGAAAAGUGACCCUGAGCAACGGACUGAUCCCAUUGUAUCACAGCUCGAACAGUCAUUGUGUCUUUAACCUGCUGAUGAAGUCCUUCACGCGACAUGUUAUUGUGUAAACAUUCAUGGAACGUUUAUGUCUAAGUGACAAAGGUCUGACUACGUUUUCAUUUGUUCAAGUUGAACUGCAGUAUAUAACUACAUUCCUAUUCAUGGACAGAAGUGGAGCGAUGAUGAAAAACAAAUCUGUCGCUCCUGUGUAAGAAUAGUCUCCUGUUUGAAUUGGGUGUCAUUCACAACUUGUCAAUAUGUACUGGCUAAAUAUUCUUGAAUGAAAUGACAAGACCUGAUAUAUCAUAAAAAUGCUUGUAAUAUAAUCAACAAUUUGUAGUCCUGAAAAGCGAAAUAAACCCAACUGUGACUCACGUUUGUUUAGUUUCGUUUCUGUGCGCCUUUUCACAGAUUAAUAACUGCCUUACCAUGAUGUGCAUUUC